AUGGCGCCCUCAAACCCCCUUGCAAACUGGGAAAAAGUCGGCGAUAGCUUCUAUCGCAAAAUCCCUGUAUAUGACGCCAUCUUUGACGAGGACGUUGAGUUAGAGAGCUACAUCGUCACAGGCGCGCCGUGCGGUGGAGUCAUCGCACUCCAUCGCGACGAGAGCAAACCGAUCAGGUUGCGGGAUACGCAGACUUCCCGAUCGAGUAUCGACAUUUAUUCUUGUUCGGGAAAGCUAAUAAAUCGCAUUAACUGGGAUCAAGCCUCUAUUCGUGGAAUCGGCUGGUCCGACAAAGAGGAACUCUUGGUUGUUGCCGAGGAUGGCACAGUCCGCCGCUAUUUCGGUUUGGAUGGCGACUUCACUUCUUUUUCUCUAGGCAACGGUGCGGAAGAAUAUGGUGUUCGAGCCUGUCAAUUUUGGGCAUCUGGCCUUGUGGCAUUGCUUUCCAACAAUCAACUGAUUGCGGUCUCCAAGUAUGAUGAGCCACGACCAAAGCUUUUAGCCCCCUGCCCUGAAGGCGAGGUCUCCUCGUGGACGGUGAUCCCACCUGCGCAGACCCUUUCCCGCUCCGUUGAAGUUCUACUCGCGGUCGACCGAACACUUUACCUGAUCGAUUCCACUGAGGCAGAGGACAAAGUCCUCCAGGAUGGUCCUUUUAAGCAUGUGAGCAUGUCUCCGACGGGUCUCUACGUCGCUCUUUUCACCGCAGAGGGCAAAUUAUGGGUUGUCAGCAACGACUUCCAGAGUAAGAUUAGCGAAUAUGAUACGAAGUCUCGGGUUCCUCCUAAUACGGUGAAUUGGUGCGGAGAUGAUGCGGUCAUUCUUGCUUGGGAAGAUGAAAUCCAUUUAAUUACAACUGAUGGAGCUUCAUCGAAAUAUUACUACGACGACCGUGUGCACGUUAUACCAGAGUUUGAUGGGUCCCGUCUUCUCACGAAUGAUACUUGUGAAUUUUUGCACAAAGUCCAUGAUGUCACGGAAGAUAUUUUCAGACUUGGUUCUUCCUCCCCUGCCUCGGUGCUCCUUGACUCUGUGGAUCAAUUGGAGAAGAAGUCUCCUAAGGCGGAUGAGAACAUCCAGAUGAUCCGCUCAAGUCUCCCUGCGGCAGUCGACUCUUGCAUUAAAGCAGCAGCUCAUGAAUUCGAUGCUUACUGGCAAAGACGUCUUUUGAAAGCAGCAUCGUUUGGGAAAUCAGCCCUUGAGCUUUACAAUAGUGACGAAUUUGUCGAGAUGACCGAAAAGCUUAGAGUCUUGAGUGCAGUCAGAGAUUAUCAGAUAGGCCUACCAUUGUCAUAUGAACAAUAUCUUCGUCUCUCGCCGGAAGGCCUCAUUGAACGUCUGAUUAGUCGUCAUGAGUACCUCCUUGCAAUCCGGGUAUCUGCUUAUCUCCAGAUUCCUGCCGAUCGGAUAUAUGUUCACUGGGCAAGUCAAAAAGUUCGAGUUUCUUCGGGAGACGAUGAAGCCGUGUGUAAGCUCAUCGUUCAACGACUGGAAGGGAAGCCGGGGAUCUCUUUUGAGAUUAUUGCGCAAACAGCAUACGAUGAAGGUCGGUCUCAUCUAGCCACGCAGCUUCUAAAUCACGAGCCCCGGGCUGGCAAACAAGUGCCAUUAUUAUUGAACAUGGAAGAAGACGAACUCGCCCUCGACAAGGCUAUUGAGAGUGGGGACGACGAUCUCGUGAACUACGUACUCCUACACCUGAAGAGCAAGCUACCGUUGGCAAGCUUCUUCCGAAUGAUUAAUACACGACCUAUGGCGUCUGCACUAAUUGAAACUGCUGCACAGGACGAAGACACCGAACUAUUGAAGGAUCUUUACUACCAAGACGAUCGUCCUAUCGAUGGUUCCAAUGCUUUAGUGUCGGAAUCUUUACGAGAAACGGACCUUGAACGCAAAGCUGAGAAGCUAAUCCUAGCAUCUCGUUUACUAGCGGACUCAAAAGACCCGACAGUAGUCCUGCAACAGAAACUGAUUAAUGAGGCUUCUCAACUUCUGAAGGCACAAGAAUCAUUGGACAAAGACCUGGCGGAUCGCUCGGAAUAUCUGGGCCUUAGUUUGAACGAGACCGUCUACAGGCUUAUUCGAGCCGGGUAUGGAAAACGAGCACACAAGAUACAGAGCGAAUUCAAGAUGCCCGAGAAAGCCUACUGGUGGUUACGGCUUAGAGCUUUGGUGGCCAAACGGGACUGGGGUGAACUAGAGGAGAUUGGCAAGAACAAGAAGUCCUCUAUCGGAUGGGAGCCAUUCUAUAAUGAGGUCCUGGGCGCCGGAAACACAAAACUCGCUUCAAUGUUCGUCCCUAAAUGCACGACCUUGCCAGUCGCGGACCGAAUUGAAAUGUGGAUAAAGUGCGGGAUGGUCGUUAAAGCGGGAGAGGAAGCACAUAAGGCAAAGGAUAUUAACACUCUUGAAAUCCUCCGCACCAGAGCGUCUGGGCCGGCAGUCACAGAAAUCGAGCGCAUGAUCAGCCAGCUUAAACCAAGGAAAUAA